GGAGAGUAAUUUUUCAUCAUCAGAGAGCUUUUUUUUCUUUUUUCGUGUCUUUCUUCCUUUUUUAUAUUGUCGCGUUUAUUAGUAAACUGUUGCUUCGCAAAGCGUAAUAGCGUAAAGAAAAUAUAAAAAAUAAAACAGAAAGAAAGAAAAUUUUUAUUAUUUACUACACUCGUGAGGAAAAUUCUAAAGAAAAAUAAAAUCGUAGUUAAAAGUUUUAGAAAAGAUUGAAAUUUAAACAAAAUAAAAAUUGAAGCACAAGGGAAAAGCUUUUUUCUUCUUCCCCAAAGAAAAAGUCGAGUGAGAAAAAAGUCUUUUUACAAAUUAGAUAAGGAAAAAGAAAUUUCAAGGUGAAGAUGAGUGCACCAAUGUGGUUCGCCCAUCGUUUGAAUGAUUGGAGUAAGUUGGCUAAGGAGAGAGUGAAACGUGCUACAGGUGAUUCAAUGGAACAAGAUUCCACACCAAAUCUCUCCGAUUCCAAGACUUCUACAUCGUCUGAUGACGGCUCCAUGCAAAGAGAAUCGCAAAAGUCUGCAAAUUCUUCAUUCGAGGAAUGCAAUGUUAAGACCAAUUCACCACAAUCAUCUGCAGUUUUGCAGCAUCAAAGUAAAUCAUUUCCACCACGUCACCUUCAACGAACGUCAAGUAUAUCAAGUGAAAGCAGCUUAGAAAAUUUACAUCAGCAACGCGGUUCAUCACCACAAAUCAGAUUUUCAGGGCUUUCAACUGGUGAUGGUCACGAUUCACGUUUUCUUCAUUCACGUUCACCAAGUCCCAUGAGAGACCUCAGAGCAAUAAGUCUUGACGCACGUUCAAUGUCACCGUCUGAUUAUGCAAAUCUUAAAUCAUCGAGUCCAUCGCAGGCGAAUCUUUUCUUUGGCGCAACGUCGAAUCUUCUACAAUCAAGUUCAUCAUCGAAAAUCAAUCGCCCGCCUUUGUUACUUCCACCGAGAAGUGACGCGUGCACUUCCAAUCCAGCACCUCCAAGUCCUUUGGGUGCAUUGCAACUCGAUUUAUAUACAAGACAGGCUGGUCCUAUUGUUAUAAAUGCCCCCGAAAACAGCACAUGCAUUGGAAAGCUUCAUUUACGUGUUAACUACGAUUCAAAAUGUAGCGAUUUACAAAUUCAUUUGAUCGAAGCUCACAAUUUGAGUCCAUUUGAAGAAGGCGGAUUUCGUGAAGUGUACGUUCGUCUCGAACUCAAACCAGAAAUUGACCAACGAAAACGUGAGACUAACAUUUUUCGAUUUGACACGAAUCCCUACUUCAAUCAGCAUUUUAAGUUUCCUGUCUCGAGGGAUCAACUUUCCGAGAAAGAAUUGAUUCUCCAUGUACUCGACGCAGACAAAUGUUCAAGUGACAUAUCAGGAGAGUUGAAAGUCUCAAUCGUUGACAUCGAUUUGACGAAAUCAAAUGAAAUUUGGGGCGAUAUCAUUCGUGUCAAACGUCACCAUUUAGAUCGUCCCGAAUUGCUUAUUUCAUUGAACUUUCUUCCUGGAGCUGAACGAUUAACUGUCGUCAUUAUGAAAGCCAAAAAUUUGGAAUUUGAUGAAAUUUACGUCAAGUUUUAUUUGAUUCAAAAUGGUAAAAGAAUAAAAAAGAAGAAGACAAAUUUUUCGAAAAAAUCGUUCACCGAUCACACUUGGAAUGAAGCUUUUACAUUUAAUUUGCCAUCAUCGUCGUUUAAUAAUUCUGGACUUGAACUUUAUGUUCUUGAGAAUGGAUCAGACGAAUCGAACGCUAUUGGAUCGUGUGGAAUUGGCUUAGAUGAGAGCAUUGGAAAAGAUGACACCAUUGGACGUGAUCAUUGGCUCGACAUGAUUCAUAAUCCUAGAAAACCAAUGUUUUGUUGGCAUCCAAUUGUCCAAUCGUAAUUAAAUCAAAAACGAAGAACAUAAACAUAAACACAAACUGAAAUCUAGUCUGACUCUUGUGCACUGAUAAGUAAGAGAUUAACAAUCAUAGAUUUUCAUAUCUUUCGUCUUUAGAUAUUGAAUCUUCCUUUUUAAUUGAAGAUAAAGAAUAUUUGGAACUGAUCAUGGGUUCCGUCAAUCAUAAAUAAUAUUUUCUUUUGAAAUUGAAAGACUUUUAAUACUUAUUGGGAAACAUGAAUUUCUUCUUCAAUCAUUGAGCUUUUUCGAAACUUUGAAUGCGAAAUCAAAAGCUUUCUAAAUGAGUAAAUAUCUAGUUAUAUUCAAAUAAUAUUUUGACUUAAUUCAUGAUCACUUCCGACUGAUCAUAAACCACAAACAUAAUCGACAAAUCAUCUGGUCUAAAUAAUAAAAUAAAUAAAUAAUAAUAAUCAGAGAAAAUAUUAUGACUAGUACCUAAUAAGAAGAAAUGAAGGCUCAUCGCUUUAGAAAUUAAGACUUUAAAAGUAAAUCAUCUAGAAGAGAAAAUGGAAAAUGAAAACUUAUUUAAAGAAAAUGGAAAAGAAAUUUAAAUUUCAAUCGAAUAAAUGAUUCAUGAAUGUAUUUUUAAUAUCAAAUAAGAGUAAUAAGGGUAUAAAAGAUGGAACAAUGUCUUAUGCAUCUUAAAUUUAAAAGUAUAUUCGUAAAUAGAAAACUAAUUGGAUAAUUAAUAAAGUUCAGCAGCCAUAAUGUGAGGCUUUUUCUCGACCUCUUGUUCGUCAAUAAUUGUUUUAUAAAAAAAUUAAAUCUCCUGAAUUUCUGACUCAUGUUUAAAGUUGAAACAUUGUCAGUGUCUAAUUUCCUACAAAAACUCAAACUCUCUACAAACAUCUACUAAAAAAGAAUUUUUGUCCAUUUAUGAAUGAAAAACAAAAUUAUACAAACAAAUAAAAAAGAACAUUGAGAGUAAUAAUAAUAAAUGUCACAAAAAAUAUAUGAAUCAGAUGUAUGCUUAUAUACUUAAUAAAAAUAUCGAAUUGUCAGAGAAC